AUGGGUUGUAUAUCCAGUAAAGAGGCCAGCAACAUUUUAGCUCCUUCAAAGUUCUGUCCUAAUUGUAAAAAUCAAUAUACUCAACGUUAUUGGUGUAAACCUUGUGAAUCCCGACGUUUCAAUGAAGACUUUCAUAAUUGGACAAGUGGUAAUACCGAAUUAGAUCAAUUUAUCCGACACACUCAAUUAAAUUCCAUCGCUCCUUUGACAUCUCAAUGGGUGCGGGAAAAUGAAAAGCAUAUCGCCCUUAAAAAAUUAAGUGGUUCAAAUAAUGCUGAAGCAUCCUUCUGGCAAGAGCUUCGUCAAUAUCAUUGUAUAAAUCAAAGCGAUCACAUACCUCAAUUGGAAAAAAUUUUUAUGUCUUGGGGAUGGCACAUGGGUGUCUCUCAGAAACAUGAUGUGUUUGAUCAAUUUAUAUCUGCUGAAAACGAAAGAAAAAGAUUAUUAAAAUCCGAUGAAUUCGAACCUUUUAAAAAACCACAUCGUGAAGCUGUUUAUAAAAGUAGAUUAUUGAAAUUUUCGGAUUUGCCAAAACCUGUGAAUAGAUUAAGCUGCCUUAGAACUUAUGCUGAGCGGUCUUCAUUUUUUUCAGGAGAAGAUGAAAUGACCCCAUACAAACCGAUUAAUACUUAUGAUGGCUACGAAAGAGUAGAUUCUCGAGAAAUAAGUUUUCCAGUAUCUGAUGAAGAUCUUGCAAUUUCAAUCGAUAAUUUUUCAAGUAUUUAA